CGGCGGGCCAAGAUAUGGAGCCGCUAUCGCUGCGAUAGAUGCGGCUCGUUGUCCACAAUGAAGUUGCAACCAAAGUCAACACCUCAAAGGGCAACCCCCAGCAUGAUACUACGGCGAAGUUGAAAUGAAGCCGGGAUAUCGAUAUCUACGCAACCAUGGAUGAUCUUGCAGGGCUCGAUUGGUCAUCGACCAAUUCGGCUAAGGCUAGCAACAACAAGCCCCCGAUUAUGAACCAGCCGCCCGCCUUUUACCCAUCUCUACGCCUGACCCCGUCUCCCCAGGUCUCCGGGCGCAACACUCCGCUUUCGAGCCAAGGCUCUGGCCUCACUGCACCGAAGCCUGCGACUUCGAAACCCGCCGCCGACAGCUUCAGCAAUCUGGUAUCCUUUGGCGGAGCCAAGAGCAAUGUCAACCUCAGCCUCCGCGAACGGCAGGAGCAGCUGGAGGCCGAGAAGCGCCGAAAGGAGGAGGAACGGCGGAAGCAGAUGCAAGCGCAGUAUGGAGGAGGACAAUUUUGGGAUACUCUAGGCCAAGGCUCUGCCAGUGCGUCGCGGACCACAUCACCCGCCCUUCCGCUUAGCAGUGGUGGGGUAGGGGUCAACCAGAAUGGACACAAGAAAGAUGAUGACGACGACCUGUUUGCGGCAUUCAACAAAGACACCAAAGUCGACAAUUCGAGUCAUUAUCCCCCGCCGCUUCAACCACAAUCAGGAAAGAACACGUCUGCACCUGCCACCAAGCUUGACCUCGGCAGUGCUAGUACAUGGAAUCAACCUGCAACAUCGGCCGGAGUGGACUUUGGCGACGAUGAUGAUCCGUUUGGACUCAACGAGAUAAAGCCUAAGGCAACUCAACAGCCGACCUCUUCCACCGCAGAUGAAGACGAUUUCUUGGGCGAUCUGGGGAAGCCAGUUGAAGAAGUACGACGGAAAGCACAAGCUUCACAGCCGAAGCUAGAGCCUGGCAAACCCAUAGAAGACUCUGAUUCAGAGUCCGAACCCGAGAUUGCGCCUACUCAGCCCUCAAGACGUGGAGAUGAUGAUGACCCCUUUGACAAAGCUAUUGCUGAGUUGGUGGAUAUGGGCUUUACCCCUGAGAACGCCAGACGUGGUUUGACAGAAAGUGGUGCUGGGCUUAAUGUCCAAGCAGCUAUUGGUUGGCUCUUGGACGAUGCACACCAGACGGCACAGCAUAAAUCAACGCCCAGGGAUCCGCCCGUUAAACAGAGCAGACCGAGAGACAAUGCUGCGCGUUCGAGGAAUAAGGGAAGCCCCGCCUGGAUGAAAGAAGACCAACCCGAUCUUUCUCCACGCAGAGACAACAGAUCCCCGGCUUCUGGAGGAGCUGAUAUUUCACAAAAAGCUGCAGCUGUGGGAUCAAGCUUCUUCAAGACGGCCAAUUCAUUGUGGAAGACUGGACAAAAACAAGUUCAAAAAGCCGUGGCCGAAUUCAAUCAAGAAGGUGGAGAUCCCAACCAGCCCAAAUGGAUGCGGUCAACUCAGCAGGAUCGAGGCCAUCCGCCUAAAAAGCAAACCAAGGAUGUGACGGAUGAAGCUAUGCUCCUCGAAUCGGGCAUGCGACCAGAAAAACCAAUAUCUCGGCCUUCAAGAGAGCCUCAGGUGGGUGCCUCUCGGGAUCGAUCUAUUGCCUUGCCCACGCGACCAAGCCAACCAUCGGCAGUGCCCAAGUGGCAACAAUCAUAUGAAUCGUCACUUGAUCCGCGAUUGCGUCUCAAUAAACAAGCCGUCGAAGAGCAAAGUGCACAGGCAUAUGUCAGCCCGGCACGAAGAAAGAAGAUACCAUCACAGCCUCCUCCUCCAACUGAGCCCGAGCCAGAUCUUCUAUUCAACCCUAUAGUUGCCGCACCUCCGCAGUCUCGGCCUCAACAACCUCAACCUUCUCCAUCACUGUCAAAACCUUCUGGCCAGCCGCCUUCGCACACCAUCACACCCAGGCCGGCCGCGCCGGUCAGACAGAUACCCACCGUCUCCCCUUCGGUUAUCCAGGCAUCCACACGGCAUCGACUUGAUGGAACAGCACACUUCAAGCGUGGCGAUUACGAUGCGGCACACAUCUCCUACUCCAAUUCGCUGAAUGGCAUCCCGCAAAAACACCCACUUUGCAUUGUACUCCUGACUAACCGUUCACUUACGGCUCUGAAAACCGGUAGUCCCAAGCAGGCUGUGGAUGAUGCAGAUGCUGCGCUGGGAAUCAUUGGACCGUCACGUGGGGAGGGCGAGAAAAUAGCGUUGGGUGAGGGAGAACAUCGGGAGAUGAAAGACCUUUACGGCAAGGCGCUUAGCAGGAAGGCAGAAGCUCUCGAGCAAAUGGAGAAGUGGGCUGAUGCCAGUAACGUGUGGCAGUUAUGUGUCGAAGCCGGAGUAGGUGGGGCCACUGCCACUGCCGGCCGCCAGAGGUGUCAAAAGGCUCUGGCCCCGAAACCCAAACCGACUCCAAAGCCAGUGCAAGCUGCGAGGCCGCGCCCAACGCCUUCUGCAGUUUCUGAUCUAGGUCCGCAAAAGAGUUACGAAGCUGUUGAGCGACUUCGAGCCGCGAACAAGGCGGCGGAACAAGCCGAUGAUGAAAAGUUCGCACUGAGUGAGAAGGUUGAUGCCCGUAUCUCAGCGUGGCGAGACGGAAAGAGAGACAAUCUUCGGGCCUUGCUAGGAAGUCUCGACCAGGUACUUUGGGAGGGCAGUGGGUGGAAGAAGGUCGGCUUGCACGAGCUGGUAAUGGCAAAUCGGGUCAAGAUUCACUACAUGAAGGCCAUCGCCAAGUGUCAUCCCGAUAAGCUACCACAAGAUGCCAGCACAGAGGUCAAACUCAUUGCUGCUACGGUUUUUGCGACGUUGAAUGAGAGUUGGGAUAAGUUCAAGGCAGAAAACGGCCUGUGAGCUUCGCGAUGACGGAAAUGUUGUAGAUGACAUGCAUAAGUGACACAGACAUAGAUACGAGUUGAUGACCUGCCAAAUAGAGCGAUGACCAUGAAAACCUUCAC